GAAAUGUCUAAUAAACAUGUGUGCCUAGUUCCAAAUGAAUGGGGGAAGGAAUAUUAUACCCCAGACGUCUUGGAAGUUAUAAUAAAAAAAGAAGUGACCUGUGAACAAAUAACUAAAAAAAUUGAAGGCGUCGGCAUCAGGGUAGAAGGCGUAACAGCGCAUCUUCGAUAUAACGGCCCUCAACCCUGGAUGCGUAAAGAUAAUGAUAAGAAGUCCUGGCCAAGUCCCAAGGAAUACUUCGGUGUCUACAUGUCCUGCAAUGAUUGCCGUGAACCUGCGGAGAAUCACAAGGGACUCUGCAGCAUGCAAGGAUCUAUAAUCUCCAAUCCUGGGUCUCAUAGACACAUGUACCUAGUGCCCUAUGAAUGGUUAUCAUUACCAUGGGCCGAUUUGGAAUAUACAAUCCGCAAAGAAAUUGCAAGUUAUUAUAGCAAGUUUGGGACAAUUGAAGGCGUUGCUAUUGUCAUCCAAAAUGUAAUAGCAAUCUUACGAUAUAGUGGUCAAAAGCUCUGGAUGUGCAAAGUUCAAGAUCAACGAGAUGAACCGCAUCCUACAGAAUACUUUGCAAUUUUUGUACCUUGCUUGUUCUGCUUUGAACGGAACAAGCCCCUGUACAGACGGAAUUGA